AUGGCAGGUGAUGAAGCCCCUAUCUCUCGAACUGAGUUCGACGUGCUAAAGGCCGAUGUCAAUCAGAUGAAGACUGUCGUGGAGCGAAUAGCAGUGGCAGUAGAGCAUCUGGAGAUUGCAGGAGAUCGAAAUCGCGUUGAUGGUCGCCAACGACGUGAACCGACUCCGUAUGAAGAUUCCGACAGCGAGGAAGAUCACUAUGCACCCCCACGCCGCGGUGUUUAUCGCAGAGACCGACGACAAAGGGAUAAUUAUGACGCUGGAGGUUUCAAGAUGAAGAUGGAUCUGCCAUCUUUCAAUGGGCAACUUCAUAUUGAAGAGUUUCUCGAUUGGAUUGCAGAAGUAGAGAGGUUCUUUGAGUAUAUGGAGAUCCCUGAAGAACGUAAGGUUAAAUUGGUGGCUUACAGACUCAAAGGUGGAGCUUCGGCUUGGUGGGAGUCUGUUUGUCUGAAUCGAUCUCGUCAAGGAAAGCCGAAGGUCGAUAGGUGGGAAAAGAUGAAGAAGCUACUGGGAGCCCAUUUCUUACCAAGUGAUUAUGAACAAGUUUUAUUUGGGCAGUAUCAGAAUUGUAGGCAAGGUGGAAGAUCCGUGGAUGAGUAUACGCAGGAGUUCUAUCGACUGUCAUCCCGCAACAAUUUACACGAGAGCGAGGCGCAGCAGAUGUCUCGAUACAUUGGGGGAUUAAGGAUAGCGAUUCAGGAUCGUGUAUCUUUGCAGCAGACCUAUACAUUAGCAGACACGGUUAGCCUAGCCGAGAAGGUGGAGCGACAGCUUGGACGAAAUAGUAAAGGAUCGUGGGCAGCUUCUGACGGUUCGCGCACGAACUUUAAUCGUGGUGGGAAUAAACAGUCUCAAACUGUUCCUGAUCAAGAUUCUACGACAGAAAAGGGCAAGGGGCCAGCGACGACUACAGCGAAGAAGCCUACUCCAACGAACCCUUAUGCCAAACUUGACCCGAUCAAGUGUUAUAGAUGCGGACAGCCUGGUCAUCGUUCCAAUCAGUGCCCUAAAAGAGGUACUGUGAACAUGGUGGAUCAUGAAGAUGAGGAUACAGACCGAGACAAUGUUGAAGACUAUGAUGAUGGGUUGGAUGCUGAUGAUGGGGAACAACUCUCAUGUGUUGUGCGGCGACUAUUGUUGGCUCCAAAGGCAGAAGAACCACCACAGAGGCAUAAUAUCUUUCGAACGAGAUGUACGGUGCAACAGAAGAUCUACGAUGUCAUCAUUGAUAGUGGGAGCAGCGAAAAUAUUGUAUCUCGGCGCAUGGUGGAGAAGUUAGGGCUGAAGACGGAAAAGCAUCCCGCUCCUUACAAGAUCGGCUGGAUUCGCAAGGGUAAUGACGUACAGGUUGAUGAAGUGUGUCGGGUAUCCUUUUCCAUUGGCCGAACUUAUGUGGAUGAGGCAAUGUGCGAUGUAGUAGAGAUGGAUGCAUGUCACAUGUUGUUAGGCAGACCUUGGCAGUUUGAUGUUGAUGCCACGCAUAGAGGGAAAGAUAACGUCUACAUCUUUAAGAAGGAUGGUCGCCGAAUUGUGCUCAAGCCUCUAACCGAGAAGGGACCUGUCAAAACCAUUGUGGCUGAAAAGAAGAAUUUCUUGGUCGUUGACAAUGAAGACUUUAUGAAAGAUGUGAAGUAA